AUGCCCACACUACCCACAGAGAAAUACACAGUCGCCAUUGUGUGCGCUCUCAAAGAAGAAAUGGCCGCGGUUCGGUUCAUGUUCGACGAAUUCCACGAGCGCCCUAAACACCGCAUCCCCGGCGAUAUCAACACCUACGUACUAGGGCGCAUGGGAAGCAUUAAUAUUGUGCUCUGUGGCUUGCUCUCGGGGGUACCAGGUCUUAUUUCGGCAUCGCAGGUGGCGACCAACAUGCUGCGCACAUUCACAAGCAUUCGCUUCGGCCUUAUGGUGGGCAUUGGGGGCGGGGUGCCUAGUCGCGAGAAUGAUGUUCGUCUUGGGGAUGUGGUGGUUAGCUAUCCAUCUCGCCAACAUCCUGGUAUUUUCUGUCAUGAUUUAGGUAAGGUGGUAGAGGGUGAAGAGGAUAUCCAGAUUAUGGGAUGUGUGCCAGGGCCGCCUGAUGUUUUGUUGCGAGCGGUCGAUACAUUACGGCAGCGGAACCAAGGGGACUGGAGCAGAGUGGAUGACCAUAUCGAGAAGAUGAUACAGCAGUACCCACGGAUGAGAGAAUCAGGGUAUGGUUGGAUGGCGGAGCGAAGCGAUAAUCUAUAUGACGGAGCGACAAUCGUGGAGCGACCGCCUCGCCCAAAUCACAACCCGGUCGUUCAUUACGGUCUGAUCGCAUCCGGAAACCAGGUAAUCAAGGACCCCAAAGCGCGGAAUCGCUUAGCGCAAAAAUACAACGCGCUCUGCGUAGAAAUGGAAGGAGCGGCGUUGAUGAGCUGCUUCCCUGGCAUUGCUAUCCGGGGAGUGUGCGACUAUGCCGACUCCCACAAGGACGAUACCUGGCGGAGAUAUGCUGCAGGGGUUGCAGCGGGCUAUGCGAAAGAGAUGCUCUCUUUAGUCAAGAGCGAACCAGAUGGGACUGUCUCCGAAGUCCCGGCUGGGUUUGACAGCCUAUUCGACUACAUCCACCUCAUGGUCAGCGAGGCCCAGCAACGGUAUCACCAGGUUCAUACGGGCCCAAUAUGA